AUGGAUGACCAAAUCUUAGAAAAUCUUAGAAUACUGAAGUCAUCUAUGGUUACUGUCCUAAAGCCCCUUGAAGAAAUAUAUCCUCCACCGGCUGACGGGCAGUUCAUUGAGGUCAAAUAUAGACCUCGUGAAGAAAUAAUAGAAGGUCUCCGUGAUUUAAUUGUUGCAGCUGAAAAAAAAAUUGAAGCUGGCAUAACCCCAUGCUUCCCUUUUCUUGUACGAACCGAAAGUACCCAAGUUUUCUCCACGGAUGCAAAUCGUUAUGUGCUGAAAAAGAAAGCUAAAACGAAAGUCCGGGAAAAAAAUCAAAGGCUCGAAUCUCGGGACAUAAAAUUCAUGUCGAUGAUUAAACUGAUCAAGAGUAACUGUGAGAAGAACUUUGAGUGUAACAAGCGAGCACUGCUCUACGACUUGGAGCCUUAUGGAAUCAAAAAUAAAGAUGAUUUGGAUAUACUGGUUGACAAUCUAACGUGCAUGUUGGAGUGCACCCAAGAGAGUUUACUUAUAACUAGCAACGCGGAAGGUAGAGUGGCUGGUCAGCUGUCUUAUGUAUGUAAGGGCAAAGUUAGCACAUCCUUGGGCGAGGAGCAAAUUAUCCCAGACCACAAUAUCUCUGACAUUAAGAGUGAUGCGGCUUUCAUUUUGUUGGUGGAGAAACAGACGGUGAUGAAGCGAUUGGUACGUGAUAAUUUUCAUAUAGCUUAUCAGUGUAUAAUAAUCACGGGUCGGGGACAACCUUGCCAUAUUACUAAAAAAAUUUUGAAAGCAAUUGCAACCGAAUUGAAGCUUCCAAUCCUUGGACUUAUGGACUGCAAUGUGUAUGGGCUGCGAAUUUUUACCACUUACCGAUGGGGCUCAAAAAGAAUGGCACAUGACAAUUACAGAUUGAUAACCCCUGAUAUAAUGUGGUUAGGGUUGAGACCAUCUGAUUUGGGGAAGGAUAAGUACGAGAUAUCAGAAAGCCAAAGGCGGCCGAGGAAAACACAUGAGAAUACAUACGUAACAAAUAUAGGGAGAGAAAAGUUUGUAAUUUCUAAUGCGAAAUGGGUUGACGAGGUAGAUUUGAUGAAAGAUGCCCAUAAUAAAGCUAAUCUUGAAUCUUUGGGCGACAGCCUGUCGAAGACUUUCUUGCCAAAAAAAUUGAGAGAAGCAGAUUGGAUAUAG